AUGUCUGCAAUUAAAAAUCUUUCCCUAGAACCAGAAGCCAAAAGGUUGCAGAAGAUCGAACAGGAGAUCAAAGACUCAUGCUCCUCCUUCAAGCCAAAAAAGGGCACAGGAUCGAACCCGAGAUCGUGUGGUCACUGGUACGUUCGUUCUAGAGUCUGCAUCGUCUGCAAAACCAAGGUGGAGAAACGCGAAGGCCGAGCAUUCGAUUAUCUUGUCCAAGGAUUACAGCUAAGCCACGAAGCUGUGGCGUUAACCAAGCGCUUUACAACAAAAUCCUAUUGUGUCAAAGAGAGGAAGCUUCACCUUGUCCUUGACUUGGACCACACGCUUCUCCACGCCACUAACGUUUCACGUCUCUCCAAAGCAGAGAAGUAUCUAAUCAGAGAAGCAAGGGAAGUUCUACGGAAGAUUGUAGUCGGAGAAGAUUCCACCGAAUUCUUGACAAAGCUACGGCCUUUUGUUCACGACUUCUUGAAGGAAGCCAACGAGAUGUUCACAAUGUAUGUUUACACGAUGGGUACUCGUGAUUACGCUAAAGCUCUUUUGGAGCUGAUUGAUCCGGAGGGAGACUAUUUUGAGGGUAGAGUGAUAAAAGGAGACGAUAGUCCAUAUGUGAAGACUCUUGAUUUGGUUUGGGCUGAGGAGCGUGGAGUGCUCAUUGUGGAUGAUACGGCUAGUGUUUGGACCCAUCACAAGAGUAACCUUGUGGAGAUUAGCAAGUACAACUAUUUCAGAGACGAUGGCCAAAAAGAUUCAAAGCCUUACUCAGAGGAGAAGGGAGACGAGAGUGAAAGCAACGGUGCAUUGGCCAAUGUUCUAAAAUUACUCAGGGAAGUUCACUGUGAAUUCUUCAGAGUCAAGAAAGAUCAGUUAGAGUCGCAGGACGUGAGGUUGCUGCUAAAAAUAAACAGGACGUGA